UUGGAUGGUUCACAACACACAGGCUGCCCCUUUCCCACCGCGGUCGGUUGCUAGUGGGCCGGGUACAAAGUGUAGCUUUCUUUCUUAGUAUGUCUGGCGUGUUUUGUUACUACUAGAACAGGCUAAAGUUAUCCUUUCCGUUCUAUGUCGCCCCUGCGCAUUCGCUGGAAGAGGGCAAGCUUUGCACGCAAAAGGAAAUAGAAACAGGAAUUGUUGCUUGAGACCAGUUAAGCUAGCUAGCGAAUUCGCUGUCUAGCUCGCUAAAUUAUCGUUGCCUCGCUAUUUUACUCCAACAGGAGACGCGAGUUGGAUAGCGUCAUCCAAACAUUUAUUUUUGUAGUGAAUGUAAAUUGGUUAGAUUACCACCAGUUGUGCCAGUUUUACAUUUAUUGUUAUACUAGAGCUAAGCAGACAUGUCGGAAUUUCUCGAAGAUCCAUCGAUUCUCACUAAGGAUAAACUGAAGAGUGAGCUGUUGGCGAACAAUGUGUCUCUGCCGAGCGGCGAGCACAAGAAAGACGUUUAUGUGCAGCUGUACCGCAAGACCCUGACCGUGCAGAACAAGAAGAAAAGCGCCCCGGACGCCUUCUCCAGCGACGAAGAGUUACCUCCGCCGGUGGUCUCUAAUAAAAGUCGUUCAGGAAGGAAAGCCACUAGGAAGACGGACAAGCCUCCAGCGGAUGAAGUGGACGUUGCUGACCUAACUGACGAGAGCUUGAAGGAACAGCUCCAGAAGUAUGGAGUCAGUGUAGGACCCAUUGUCGCCUCCACCCGCAAGCUGUAUGAAAGAAAGCUGCAGAAGCUGAUGGAGCAGGGCCCCCCCGAGGCUGCACCCCCACCCGCUGCCCCUGCAAAGAUCGGAAGCAACCAGAACGGCAACACAGACUCCGACCAGUACAGUGACAAGGAGGAAGAGGAGAGGGCGGUGCCUGAACCAGAACCUGAGCCAGAACCUGAACCAGAACCAGAGCCAGUUCCUGUUGUGGAGAAACCUGUGAGAAGCAGAGGGAAAACCCCCCAGCGCACCCGCCGUCAGGACCACAACCGAGAGGAGGAGGAGCAGGAGGAGCAGGCAGAAGAUCAUCAUGUCCUGAAUGUGAAGAGAAGGCCGAGGCGCUCCUCCCUGCGGCUGGACCAGAGGGUCCCCGCCAGCAACAAUGCCCAGGAUGUUCCUGAUGUUCCCGCCCCCAGGCCAGUUACUCCCGCCCCCAAGCAAGUUACUCCCGCCCCCAAACCAGUUACUCCCACCCCCAGGCCUGUUACUCCCACCCCACAGGGAAAGGGCUCUAGACUUGCCAAAGAAGUGGGGGCACUGCAGGAGCCAAAAAGUCUGUUGGUGAUCAAGCCUUCAGAGCUGUCCCCCUUGCCUAAUUUUGAGGGGGUGGAUUUGCGCUCCCCUUCACCUCAUUUUGCCCACGUCCCCUCAACCAGAGGCGUCCAGGAGCAGCCAUCUUUACAACGGCCAGCUCAGGUGGAACCUCUGUCACCUGUAAUCAAUCGGGCGGAGCUCUCUUCCCUUUACCAGCCACUGCUGCAGCAGGACGUUCCUGAUGUUCCCGCCCCCAGGCCAGUUACUCCCGCCCCCAGGCUAGUUACUCCCACCCCCAAGCCAGUUACUCUCGCCCCACAGGGAAAAGGCUUUAGACUUGCUAAAGAGGAGUCCAUGGGGGUGCUGUGGGAGCCUAAAAGUCUGUUGGUAAUCAAGCCUUCAGAGCCAUCUCCCUUGCCUAAGUUUGAGGGGGUGGAUUUGCGCUCCCCUUCACCUCAUUUUGCCCACGUCCCCUCAACCAGAGGCGUCCAGGAGCAGCCAUCUUUACAACGGCCAGCUCAGGUGGAAUCUCUGUCACCUGUAAUCACUCAGGAGGGCUUGGUGUCUGCAGGGCCCAGGAGCGACACCCCUUGCAGGGAGAAACUUCAGAGAAUCGUCCCCUUCCCAAGUGCGGUCACCCCAGUGAGGGGACAGGGAAGUGCCUUUCAGUGGACUGGGGUUGAAGAGAGGCUAACAGCAAGCAAUCCAGUGUCUGUAGUGGGAGAGAAGGAUUUUCUGAAGGAGAUGUUCCCUAAUGAGCCCUGCACACCCACAGGCAUCAGUGCUACCUGUCGGCGGCCAAUCCGAGGAGCAGCAGGGCGUCCCCUCACUGCGACUGACUUCUGGCUGGACGAAUCGCGGCGGCGCAGCGAGCGCAUAGAGACCAGCACCUCCUACAUCGAGAGCCGCACCACGCCGCGAGCGGCAGCCCCCCUCCUCUCCGCCUCCACCUCCUCCUCCUCCUACUCCUCCUCCUCUUUCUCCUCCUCCUCCUCGCUGGCAGCUCCCUCCGCUGGCCCGGCUCGCCCGCGGCGCUCCCUGCCCGUGUGGCUGCAGCUGCUGCUGCUCAGUGCCGUGGCCGGGUUCCUCCUCUUCGUCUACCAGUCCAUGGAGACCAACCAGAUCAACCCAUUCGGCAGCUCCAAGAGUCUGGAGGGUGCUGGCCAGUAAGGAGGCCCUGACCCUGCCCCGCCCCGCCCCGCCCUGCCCUGUCAUCACCACCUCCAUGUCCCUCCCAUCUCCAGUGAACUUACACGGUCUACUCCUCUCAGACAUGACCCAGCCCACCGUCACCGACCCUCGCCAGCUCCACUUCAGCUGAGGAUUAGCUAUGCCCUCUCUUCCCUUUCACAUGGAUUUCAUCUCUCCGUCUUCUCUCCUUGGCUUUUUGUCUCUCUUCUUCCUCUCAUCCCCUCAUCCUCCCUCACUAUAUAUUGGUUACACAGCCCCCACCCCAGUCCCUAGCUCACCCCCCCCCC